CCCCCAGAUGCGAUACAAUCCCCUCAGCUACUUCUUUACUCGCUCCCAGACCAACGACGAUAACAUGUCCGACGCCAGCGGUGAGCAGAAGCUCGUCGACAACACUCCAGAUCAGGAGCAUAGCACUCCCAACGAGCAAGAACAGCCUUCUGAGGCCAAACUCGAGCGCGAGAUGAUAGUGAUACUCCACAAGCUGAAGAACGACCCUGGUAGUAUCACUACGGAGGAUGCUCGCCGUCUCUCUGAGAAUACGGAGGCCAAAGAUGAGAGGUCCGCAAGAAUCAUCUCUGCCGUGGAGUCUCUUGCUGUUGCCAAUGUGGAGGUUCACGAGAAGAAUCCCGAGUUGGGUCAAGUGCCUCACACCAGCCUCCUCACUGUCGUUCGGGACUUGGAUGCUGCUGUGGCUCGCAGUCCUGAAGAUGUCACUCCUGACGUUCUUCGAGGUGCUCAGAGCAUCGUCAGCAAGAUGCAGAGAGCUGUCGGUCAGCACACCGCGCCUCAACCUGAACUAGAACCCCAGCUCCGAGAGGCAUACGCUAGAAUCGAGCCCAAAAUCGAGCAAGGUACCGUCACCAAAGCUGAGGCCGACCAUCUCCACUCUCUCGAAGCCCGAGCCCACGGCCAUACCGAGAAAGGCGGUUUGACUGCCAUUGCCCAGUCGGUUGUAGCUAAGCGUGAACGUCAACUUUCACUGAGCAGCGGUUCCACCAACGGACGAUCCCGUGCCAGCAGCAAGAGCUUGACACCUCAAGAACAAUCUCGCCAUGACAAGGAGACCAGUCUCCACAAGACUGAGGCUGCUGUCAAGCCCAAGAUUGAGCACGGCACUGUCACUCAAGCGGACACGGAUGUUCUUCGCUCGCAGUCACUCGCUUCCACGAAACGUCAACAAACACUGAGCGAUCAGAGCAACGCCUCUCGUGUCUCUCAGGAAGAGUACGAGCGCCGCAAGGAGCAUGGAAAGGAUUUCAACAGCAAGAUGGCAGAGCUUGUCAUGGAGCCCAAGGCGCACAAGCGUGAGAAUAGCCAGGUUGCUAUCGAGACCAAUUAGCUCACUUGAGCUGUGCAAUGAAGUCGAAGGAUUUCAGGGAAGGUGGACGAAUGUGGC